CUUGUUUUACUCUGAAACAAAGACCUAUCAAAUGCGCGAACCUCAAGAAAUAAAAAUUCGUGCUUUGGCCGUCUGCUCUCAGCUUAGAAAGGCCUCCCCUUCAUAUACGACGACGCGGAGUGCUUACAUCAUUUCAGCAGAAAUGCAUUCAUCUCGACCAACGACAAGCAGAGCGCCACGAGAUAUACAUACGCAAUUUGCACUCAAGUGCCGGGCUGCCGCUGGCGAAAAAGUGACAUCCAUUCAAAUAAGGCACGCCAUAAUAAACGAAAUCCACAUCAACAAAAACUACCCGGCUGCAGAAGAACUAUUCCAAAAUUUACUGACUUUACUACAAGUCAACAAGUCAUCACGAAUUACUUGUGACGAUCCACGCUCUCAGCAACAAGGACGCCCUCAGUAUCGAGUCAGCGAUAUAAGCAGUUUCCAAAAAUCGAUUGCCAAGAUUGUACGACAUGCGCCUUAUCCCACCCGAGCGUUAUACUAUGCCAAUAUUUUCCUCAAUGAUGUUGAGCCGCCUCUACGAGAUGCUAAGAUAGAAAACACACUGCUGAUUGAUUUGAUCAAGCAGUAUGCUCGACAUGGAGGCGAUUUCCUGAUAGAAGGGUUGGAUUUUGUCAAAAUUGGUGUGGAGCGUGGAUUGGCACAACAAGAACAACAGUCGUCUCGAUCAUUGUCGAGACCGGAUCAUCAUUUUGCGCAGAUGAAUGCGUUUGAGAUUGCCUCUAUGCCGAUAUUAAGACAUCAUCGAUUGCGGUUUUCAAAAGAUGGGCUGUUGCUCGAAAUCAUUGAAUAACCGUGGUCUCUUUGCAACUCGUCUUCUUCUUGAGCGUCUCAUGUCAUCUACAUCUACUUACUUUGCAACAACCCAGCGCUCCCUCAUCAUUUUGUAUUUUCUCUCCCUUUCCUUGAUGCUGUCAGAUACAUAUGUCUCAUCUGUCGUAACAACUUUUGAAAUCUAUCCUAUGUGUCUUAUUGCUGAU